CGGAAGGAGCAGUGCAUUGUGGGCUCCCCUGGGGCCGCGGAGUCGAUCUAUAAUGAAAGUGGUGCGCAGCCCCUAACGUUAUCCGGCUGGGAGCGGCUGGAAUCCGGACCUCGCCUGGGGCUCGGCGGGCGCGCACCUCCGUGCGGAGCGGCCCGCGAGGCGGCGGCGGCGGCGGCGGAGGCGCGGCGAGCGUUGGCGGAGCGAGGCGGCGCUGCGCGGCUCCGAGGCAUGGCUCACAACAAGAUCCCGCCGCGGUGGCUCAACUGUCCCCGGCGCGGCCAGCCGGUGGCAGGAAGAUUCUUACCUCUGAAGACAAUGUUAGGACCAAGAUAUGAUAGUCAAGUUGCUGAAGAAAAUCGGUUCUAUCCCAGUAUGCUCUCAAAUUAUCUAAAGAGUUUGAAGGUUAAAAUGGGCUUGCUGGUGGAUUUGACAAAUACUUCGAGGUUCUAUGACAGAAACGACAUAGAAAAAGAAGGAAUCAAAUAUAUAAAACUUCAGUGUAAAGGACAUGGUGAGUGCCCUACAACUGAGAAUACCGAGACAUUCAUUCGUCUGUGUGAGCGGUUUAAUGAAAGAAGCCCACCUGAACUUAUAGGUGUUCAUUGUACCCAUGGCUUCAAUCGUACCGGUUUCCUCAUAUGUGCCUUUUUGGUGGAGAAAAUGGAUUGGAGUAUUGAAGCAGCAGUUGCCACUUUUGCUCAAGCAAGACCACCAGGAAUUUAUAAGGGUGAUUAUUUGAAAGAACUUUUUCGUCGCUAUGGUGAUAUAGAGGAAGCACCAGCCCCACCUGUCUUGCCAGAUUGGUGCUUUGAGGAUGAUGAAGAGGAAGAUGAGGAUGAGGAUGGAAAGAAGGAACCAGAACCUGGGUCAAGUGCCUCCUUUGGCAAAAGGAGAAAAGAACGGUUAAAACUGGGUGCUAUUUUCUUAGAAGGUAUAACGGUUAAAGGUGUAACUCAAGUAACAACUCAACCGAAGUUAGGAGAAGUACAGCAGAAGUGUCGUCAAUUCUGUGGCUGGGAAGGGUCUGGAUUCCCUGGAGCACAGCCUGUUUCCAUGGACAAGCAAAAUAUUAAACUUUUAGAGCAGAAUCCAUAUAAAGUAAGCUGGAAAGCAGAUGGUACUCGGUAUAUGAUGUUGAUUGAUGGAACAAAUGAAGUUUUUAUGAUUGAUAGAGAUAAUUCAGUGUUCCAUGUUUCAAAUCUGGAAUUCCCAUUUCGUAAAGAUCUCCGUAUACAUUUAUCAAAUACUCUGUUGGAUGGGGAAAUGAUUAUUGAUAAAGUAAAUGGACAAGCUGUACCUAGAUAUUUGAUUUACGACAUAAUUAAAUUCAAUGCACAACCAGUUGGAGAUUGUGAUUUUAAUGUUCGUCUUCAGUGUAUAGAACGAGAAAUAAUAAAUCCUCGACAUGAAAAAAUGAAGACUGGGCUCAUUGACAAAACACAGGAACCAUUUAGUGUCAGAAAUAAGCCAUUUUUUGACAUUUAUACUUCAAGAAAGCUACUUGAAGGAAAUUUUGCAAAAGAAGUUAGCCAUGAAAUGGAUGGACUUAUAUUUCAGCCUACUGGAAAAUACAAACCUGGUCGAUGUGAUGAUAUUUUAAAAUGGAAGCCUCCCAGUCUGAAUUCUGUGGAUUUUCGCCUAAAGAUAACAAGAAUGGGAGGAGAAGGGUUGCUUCCUCAGAAUGUUGGACUUCUUUAUGUUGGAGGUUAUGAAAGACCCUUUGCACAAAUCAAGGUGACAAAAGACCUAAAACAGUAUGACAACAAAAUUAUAGAAUGCAAAUUUGAGAACAACAGCUGGGUCUUCAUGAGACAGAGAACAGACAAAAGUUUUCCUAAUGCCUACAACACUGCCAUGGCUGUGUGCAACAGCAUCUCAAACCCUGUCACCAAGGAGAUUCUGUUUGAGUUCAUUGACAGAUGUGCAGCUUCUCAGGGACAGAAACGAAAGCAUCAUCUGGAUCCUGACACGGAGCUCAUGCCUCCACCACCUCCCAAAAGACCGCGCCCUUUGACCUAAGUCCUGCCUCUGACUUCAGGAUUGAGUGGAGAGAUGAAUGAGGAAAAAUGCUGUCGCCCCAUUUGCAGCCAGAGAAAUUCAACAAACAAUGUGGCUUGAUGUUGAUACACAUUUGAAUUUUUUUUUU